AUGGCUGAAUUCAACCGCAAUCGCAUCUCACUGAAUAUUCAAGGCACCAAUGGUGCAGACUACUAUGACCAGAUCUGUGCACUGAGCCAGCAGACCAUCAACGACAAUUUCAAGGCUCUCUUCGACCAACGCAAGGAUCUUGUUGAGUUAUGGUACAAGGACAAGCGAGGAAAUAAUGGCGUCCUCGAUGCCAUACUGGAUCCGCCCCAGGUCAAGCUUCAGAUUGGCAGUUCCGACACGCCCGAGUUGUACUUUGAGAUUCAUAUCAAGUCCGGGAAUAUCAGACUAGCCGCGGAUCAAAUCCAGAGCAUCAACAAUUGGGUCAUCACUGUUCGUUCGCAUCUCUUUGAGGCCCAGGUUAGUCCAGACCGUGCUUUUGACGAAGAGGCUGCGGCCGCGGCGUCUGCAGCGUUAGACGAGAUCAAGAAGUCCCAUGACGUGGACGCGCUUGAGGCCGCCAUCAAAAAGGCCCAGGACGAGGCUGUGGCAGCGGCCGAGAAGGAGGCUUCUGCCCCGGGCGGCGCGAAGAAGCCAACCCCUAUCAAGCCUGGGGAUUAUUCCAUUCACCGUCUGUUUUGUGUAGUUGCUCAGGGAGCAUGGUCCACCCCCGUUGAGUCCCACUCUUAUCUGCCUGAUCCAGAGGACAGCACCAAGAGGGUCAGCUUGAAAGACUGGAGGGAGUCGAACCGGGACAGUACGACUAGGCUCAUGGCGAAUGCGGUUUCCAAGCUUCUGAGCAACUGGGCUGAAGACAAUCAAGAAUCAGCUUUUUGGAACCUAGGCCUUCAGAUCCGUCUCCCCGUGGCAAGACUCGUGGAGGAGCAGGCCUUGGCUACAUGCGCUCCCACGGCGGUCCGCCUGCAAAACUACGCGUACAUUACCGACGACGCGCAGCUCGCGCACUUCAAAGAUGUCAAGGCUGACAAAGUGACGUCUUUGGACAGUGGAAGCCAGCUCGGCCACCCACAGAACUGCCUCGUGUUCUGCGAAGUUGUCAAGCGCAAGUUGCCUGUUGGAACGCGGCUGGAGUACGGCGGUAAUCUGGCGGAGCCUGCAGGGGGCAGUUCGAAGCCAGCGAUUCCCGGAACCUUCGUCCUGGACCAUCGCCUGUACUUUGAGAAGAAGAUUCUCACGAGCCUCCGGGAGCUCUGUGUCAAGACGUCGGUCAUUCCCGUGUAUCCCAACAUGUUUACGGAUCGUGGCAGCGGCGAGCAGCAAUUCCAGAGUCGGUAUGUUGUGGGCGCAAACCCGAACCCGGCUUCGCUCUACCCGGGCCUCCCUGACCAGGUUGCUUCCAACCCUACGUUUGACUUCAAAUGGGAGAGCAACGGACACUAUGCGUGGCGCAGGACGUGGGCGGCUCCUGGAUCUGGGCAAGAGGUCAAGACGUACACAGACUGCAACUCGGCGCCCGUCUACCGAAAAUGGACCAUCGAAGCUGAGAAUAGCGUCGAAGUUGAUUGGGUGCCAGGCAACGAUACCAUCAAUGUCAAGGGCUCUGUGUUUUACAAUCAUUGGGAGGCAUACAAUGCCCGUGGAAACAUGAACUUUGGGUGGAAGUCCGAGGGAGGAGACUGUUUCUGGGGAUCAUUCUGGAUCAAGGUCACCUGGAGUUUUGAAAUCGACCUUUGCGACAAGGAGAAGUCGUUCGAAAUGCAGAAGGAGGCUAUGAGAGAGCGGGCUCGCUACCUGGUGAAGCUCGAGGAAUCCCGCAAGAACAAUACGCCACCGCCGCCUGAAGUCCCCGAAGUGCCGAACGGCGUAAUCAACCCCGUAGUCAUCGGCCUGGACCCGGACACCAGUCUUCCAAGAGACCUACGCGUAUGGGGUGGCGGAGGUGAGUUUGUGCGAGACAAGACAGACACAAACAUGCGCACGGCCGUCGAGGCGUCGUUGAAACAGGGCUUCCAGACGGCCUGUGCCAACCUGAAGAACGUGGUGGCGGAUGCGGGCCACUUCAUCUACCCAGGCACGCGCACACUCGUUUUCGGAAACCCGAAGCUCAAUGACUUUGGCGACAUCCUCGCCACCGUCGACUACAUCGAUCUCGAAGAAGACGGUCUUGUCCAGGUCAACGUAGGGGUGCCCAAGGACAUCGAGACGUCCCCGAGCAAGGCGGCAGACCCAGUCAUCCACGACUCCACCGUGACCGGCAACCCUACACACAUCACCUGGAGCCCCAAGAUCCUGUGGAACUCCAGCAAGGGGACGGCCAAGCUCGUGCUCCAGGGGCGCAACGUGCUACCAAAUGCCAUGGCCUUUGAAGAUGUCGCCAUUCAGUUGCUCCCAACGGCAGGCGAGAAGUGCCUUUUCAGCGGCAGUACCUUCGCGUGGCAGGCGCGCAGCGAACUUGAUGAGAAGCAGCGCAUCAAGCGCCAGACGGAGACGGCCGAAAAGGACGAGCAGGCCGCAAGGGAAGGUAGCGACAGUGUCAGCGCGAGCGCCAGUGGCCCCAGCACUAGCAGCAGCAAUGUUUCUGGCUCGGUCUGGGAGUUCAGCCAGUCACUCAUCAAGGAGGAGCUGCGCGUGACGCUCGAGCAGGAGAGGAAGUCGACCAUCUUCCGCAUCGAGCCAGUGCCCCCCAUCAAGAAGACAAGCAAGACGCCCCGCUUCACCGUGCCGCCUGAUGGCUGGUUUAGCCUCACGCUGGAGGGGCCGGUCUCGGGCCCUGGCGAUUACGUCUUGCUAUUGGACGAGCUGUGGAACCACACCGACUACAGCAUGAACAUGAAGGGCAAGAGGGCGGCAACCUCCUUCCUCAAGUGUAGCCUGAUCGAUGGUACCGAAGGUAUUGCGUUCAUCACUUCCCAAGCUGACGCGGACAAGACCCGCGGAGCGUCGUCUUCCUAA